UUGAUUCCUGUAAUCAUUAAACAAAUCGAUUCAUAACACUUUUGUAAAAACAAGGAAUAAUAUAAACCAAUAUUUUUCCAUAAUGACGGACUUUAGCAUUGCCAAGUUUAAUAACUAUCAGGAAUAUCUGCACUCCUUCACCACCGUCGAGGACUUUCGCUACUUGCCUUUCCACAAAACAGUCACCACUCUCACGAAGCUUGGUUAUCGGGAGCAUCGUACUUUUUAUGAAGAAGAUGAGUUCCUAAACGUAAAAAAGCAGGUGGAACAGCUCCUGAAUCCCACGGUUUCUGCCCAGAUAUACUACAGUCAAUAUUUCAAGGGAUCUGAUCCUGCUCUUUGGGCUUUGGCCGAACGUGAACAUGUCAAUGUCCAGCAGGAGAUAUCGACCAUCAUCUUUUUGGAAAUAAGUGGAAGAAGUGGUUUUUCCAAGUCCGGCUAUAUCGACUUUGAGGCCAGUCUGCGUAACUGUAGAUUCAAAGGACCAAAUGCAGUUGACUGGCGUGCAGUUUUCGAGGAGCGAAAGAUGCUGAAACCCCAGCCAAGCGACAUAGUCUUCUACGACUGGAAAACCAGGAAGAUCUUUGCGAACGACAACGAUAAUUAUACAGUGGUAGCUCAUCCAGAGCAUGGGCUAAUGUUUACCCACAAGGGUGAUCAUAAGAAUAUACCGGUCACCACCAAAAAGAAUCCCUUUUCCAGCAACGUAAGGCGUUCUAUGAUCAGAUCGAAUCUGUACGGUUUCAUGAUAUUGUAUGAUCACCAUGUGCGCAAGAAGACCUAAUCGGAAUCGUUUCGAUGUUUGACUUUACAAAAAUGGAAUUUCUGGGAUACUAAUUUUUUUAUCCCAUCUAAUAACUGUCCUUCAUUUAAUAUUAAUGUCAUCUGAUAAAACCUAAUGCUUGCAACGCUUGGGCAAGCAAAAUUCCACUUAAGUUGUCAACACUCUGCCGCCUCCACACAUACACACAGUCACCCCUCCACUCACACACUGACACUCUCCAGGACACGCACGCCCGCCUUCGCACAUCCAUCCACACCUUAAAUACCCAAAUCAAAAAAUAAAUGGUAAACACUGGACGAUCCCAACCCCCGAGACCACAUGGCCCCAUGUCCAGGGCGAGACUCUAUCGAAAAAUGCUGAUGAUAUGAUAUUUAGAAUAUUUUUUUCUCAGCCUGCUAGGCGGUUAGUCAGGCAGCCUGGCAUGUGUUCUUGGG